UGAGCAUUUUGCAGUUCACUGGCAUUCUACACAGUAGUAUAUGAAACCAAGACUUAAUGUCUCAGUGUAAACUACUCCCAUGUCAAUAACAAGCCCUUCUAUGCCUGCCAAUCAAUACUCUUGCCAGUAUACCCAACUUUAAUCCAAUAUGGCCAAACCAUACGCAAGCCAACCACUAUAUCAUAGCAUCGUCCUACCAGUAACCCUUGAGCACACCACGGCAGUGCUCGUACAGGACAUGUCCACCAACCCCCACACGUUAGGGCUGUGGAAUAUCGCCCACCGUAUAUUGAGGUUGUGGAACACGGCUAUGAGUAGGGCAGUGCAAUCCCAAAUCAAAAUGUGUGAGGGCCCUAUCAAAUCUCUAGCCAUUUCUCCUUUCAAUGACCUGCUAGCAUCGUGCUCUUACCUUGACGAGGUCAGCGUGUGGAAUGUAAAAGGUGGCAUUCCACAGAACCAGCUCGAGGCUCUCAAAAAUCCCAUUACUGGCCCUGGAUUCUCUGGCGACGGCCGCCUUGUUGCAGCAUUUGCGGAAGAAACAAUCAUGGUUUGUGACACAGGCAGUGGGAAAUUUAUUCGGGCGUUGGACUUGAAUAUUGACGAUUCAGAUAUUGAGUAUUACGCCAGUAUAAAGGCUGCUUUCCGGCCGGAUGGCAAGGUCAUUACAUGGGCCCUAGACACCCUGCAGUUCCAAGUAUGGGACCCAAUCUCGGGAAAGAAAUUCGAGACUUCCGACGGCUCGAUUGAGCUGAAAUCAUCUGAAGUCUCCCACUUUGGUCACCUGUUAGCUGUCACUGACCACGCGAAAAUCGGCAUUCGUGAACUUUCAACUGGGAAGCACAUCUACCUGAAAAAAUCAUAUUAUUUAAGUAUGAGGAUGGCUUUUUCGCCGAACGAUCUGACCCUUGCUGUGUUUUCCAAGAGCUGUGGUAAGCUCACCUUGGAAUUGUGGGAUGUACCAUCGUAUGAGCUGCAUUGUUCCAUCGAUGGUGUCACUGGGCGCUACAUUCACUUUUUCGAAAAUGGCAAAUAUGUGAGCACGGUGCAGAAGCUAUAUCACAUAGAGACUGACACUGAGGGCCAUCUGGUCUCUCUAUCUGCCAUUGAACAUCGACUACCUCGGCAAGGACAAGAUUCUAUGUCUUCCUGAUGAAUAUCGGCAAGUGGAAGGUUUCGAGGAGUUCCUCAUUAAAGGUUCCACACUCAUUUUUGGAACCCAUUCAGACCGCCUUAUAUUUUUUGGUUUCUACAUGCAGGCUAAACGAGAUGCUAUUGAGACAUUCACUCCAGCCAGAGUCAGCUGAUCAAUUUACCUCCUCUUCUUCCUGCGUGGUCUCUGACCACCAUCUUCUUGAGCCCUGGAUAGAUCAGACCCAUACUAUCUUUGACCCUUCGUCUUGACAAUAUAUAUACACAU